CUUUCCGUUAUCCUCAACACCGGAGGAAACCGAAGAGAGAGUGGUAAAAGAAGAUGGCGGCAAUGAAAGGAUGUUAUUGCCAUCCAAAUGCAAGUAAAAAUGAAACCCAUCAUCAUCAUCGCCUUCUUCCUCAGAAUUUAUCUGUAGUUACCAAGAAGCCCUUUCCCUCUUCUUCUUUUUCCUCUUAUGCGACUCUUAACGCCAACGAUGACAAGAAGAGAUCGCUGCCUCUUCGAAUUCGAGCAGCAGCUGGAGAAGGCAAUUCGACUUCCAAUGUUACAAGCACAAGCGACGUUAAGGGGUCGGGGACAACAGCGAGAGGUAGAAGACUUGUCAAGAUUCGUGAAGAGAAGAGGAAGCGAGAAUUCGACAGGCUUCACAAUUAUCCUGCCUGGGCUAAGGUCCUAGAAAACGCCUGCAAAGACGAUACGGAGCUACGAGCGGUUCUUGGCGAUAGCAUUGGCGACCCUGAGCUCAUGAGGAAACGGGUUGAAGAGCGUGUUCGGAAAAAGGGUAGAGAUUUUCACAAACAAAAAACGGGCUCUGUGCUUUCAUUUAAAGUCAGCUUCCGAGAUUUUAACCCACUUGAUUCCUACAUAUGGUUUGAGUUAUAUGGAUCACCUUCUGAUCAAGAAGUCAAUCUCAUUGGCAGUGUUAUUCAGUCAUGGUAUGUUAUGGGACGUUUGGGUGCCUUUAAUUCUUCUAAUUUGCAGUUGGCGAAUGCAUCAAUGGAGUAUGAUCCCCUCUACGAUGAGGAAAAGGGUUUUAAAGUGAUGCCAUCAUCAUUCCAUGAUAUCAGUGAUGUUGAGUUUCAGGACAACUGGGGCCGUGUUUGGGUUGACCUUGGUACUUCUGAUUUUUUUUCCAUUGAUGUCCUCCUCAACUGCUUGACGGUAUUGAGUGCAGAUUAUUUGGGCAUUCAACAGAUAGUAUUCGGUGGUCGUUGCAUGGGUGAUUGGGAAGAGGGUAUGACAAACCCUGACUAUGGCUACAAGUACUUCAAAAUCUGAACCAAAGGUCGAUGCAAAUGCUAUAGAAAUCUAGAAGGCUUCAUGUGUCUUUGGUUGCUUAUAUACUGAUAGAGACUAGAGAUGGCUAUUGAAAGGCAUCCUUGCUGUUGCUAAAUACCUGAAAUAUGAGAUAUCAAAAUCAUGAAUCUUAUCUUUUUUUCCUUUACUUUUUUUUUCCUUCCUUUAAUAUUUGAAGGUGAUUCCGUGGCGCCAUGAAUAAUUGAAGAUCAAUGGGAAGAUAUUUGAUG